AUGUAUGAUGUGACAAGCGAUCCGAACAACCACGUCGCACAAUACAAACAACAGAUGCUCACCGUGGUGAUCCAGAAGGAGCUAAGGGAGGCAACCAUGUGUAAAGGCUUCAGUUCGACUCUGACCGGUCCUGCCCUUCAAUGGUAUAUCAAUCUUCCCACCAGGUCCAUACGGUCCUAUGCUACCCUUAGUGACAAGUUCGUGGAGCAGUUCGCCAGCAGCAGGAGCCUGGAGAAGAGUUCAGACGACCUCUAUGAAAUCCUUCAACAUAGAGCUGAGCCACUCCAUACCUACAUUGUGUGCUUCAACCCGGAGAAUGUCGCCAUCCCAGAAUGCAACGCGGCGACAACCAUCUCUGCUUUCAAAAAGGGUAUGCUCCCCAAUGGAGACCUCUACAAGGAACUGACCAAAUACCAGUGCAAGACCAUGGAAGACGUCCUAUCCCGAGCCUGGGCGCAUGUGAAAUGGGAGGAAGACGUCGCGGGCUGGGCAAAGGCCCAACAUAAGCAGGACCAGAAAUUUCCCAGGCAGAUGAAGAGCGAUCGCGAUGAGGGAUCUCAUCCUAAAUCCGCCAGAGAGUUAAGUAACAAGAGCAGGGGCAGAUAG